AAAAAAAAAUUUUUUUUUUUUUUUUUUAUACUAUGGAUUUAAAACCAAGAAAUUUAACGAAAUCAAUAAUUUUUUUCAUUGCAUUAAUGAUAACACCUAAAAGGUGUUUAACACGACCAUGUGUAAACCUUAUACCAGAUUGUUUACUUGAAAUAUUUUCAUACUUAAAGUAUGAUCGAAAAACUCUUUUCUCAUGUAUAAGAGUGAAUAGAUUAUGGUGUAGAUUAGCAAUACCAAUAUUAUGGAGUUCACCAUUUAAAUAUUAUUCACAAUCAUAUACUUAUAAAAUAAUUAAUACAUAUAUUACUUGUCUUAAUAUACAAGAUAAAGUAAUAUUAAAAAAUUUGGGAUUAAAAAAUUGUUUAAUAAAUAUGAAAUCAUUAUUUUAUUAUCCAAGAUUUUUAGAAAGUUUUGUUAUAGAUAAUUAUACACUUGGAUUAAAGAAAUGGGUUAAAGAAAAUUUUCAAAAUGAGAAUUUAUUAAGAGCACAACAAAUUGUUGAUAAUAUGAUGAUGGAUUUAAUAUUUAAUGAUAAUUGUUCAUUAAAAAAAUUUAAAUAUGUUAAUUAUAUUGAAAUUUCACGUAUUGAUUUUUUGAAAAAAUUAUCAAAUUUAAAUUUAUCAUUAAUUAAUACAUUUGAAUUUCUUGGACAUGGAUAUUCAAAAGAAAUGUAUUCUAAUAUUUUACCAAAAUUAUUUAAUCAAAUGUCAAAAACUUCAAGAAAUAUUAAACAUUUAUCAUUAUAUUUUCCAAAGACAAUGUCAACAAAGACGAUGACGACAACGACGACAACUCCUACGACGUCUUCGACGACGACUUUGACCAAUUCGACAACAUCAUCGACAACAAUGUCAACAACUUUUAAUUAUUAUAUGAUUGAUAAUAAUAAUUUAAUUUCAAUCACAGAAAAUUCUGAUAAUUCAACAGAUUUGGAUCUUUCUAUAAUUAAUCUUAUUAAAUCACAAAAUUCUUUGGAAAGUUUUAGUACAAACGAAUUUUGGAUGAAAUGUUCUACUGAAAUGAUUUUUAAUUCAUUAAUUUCUCAUUCAAAUUCUUUAAAAUUUAUUAAAUUUU